AAAAAAACAGAAAAAAGGAAGAGAAAGGAAUCUUAUUUCAAUAUGUGAUAGCAGUUCUAUCUAUGUCUUUGAAACCUUUCUAUAUGGCUGAAGUGAGUUAACCUUGUUGCCAAUUAUUUUUUUCAAAUUUGAUGGAAGUAAGUGAGUUGCGUACCGUUGAACGAACGACCGAGUGACAGAAAAAACUCAAAACCAGACUGAAUGAACCGGAAAGUCAAACUCAACCAACUAAGACCAAGCAGAGAGAUACGACUAGACAAAGUAUUGCAGUUUGGUAAUUACAAAUAGCUGAUGCAAUUGAAUGAAAGAAACAAAAUGAAAUCAGAUUUGUGAUUUUGAUGAUGGGGUCGGUACACGACAAAUCAGAACCAAAACCAGAAGCAAAUGAUAACCACAAGGUUCACACGACAGAGCAAUCACACGACGGUAAUACGGAGACCUGGGUACUGGCGGCCUGGUGGGUUUUGUUUGAGGGAAACGGUGAAAGAAGAGACGUUUUUUUGGUAACAAGUUGGAACUGAAGGUUCUUUUUUUCGUACCGGAGGAACAAGCCGAGUCGAUUGAUUUGAAUGAGUCAGUGGGAGUCUACGAUGACGGGUGGAUCUAUAAGUAUAUUUGAGGUUAUCUGAGUGUACUCCAAGGUUUAUCCAAGCGGUGGAAGUUGAAUCGGCAAGAUACCAAAAGAAGGUAGUUAUUCGAAAGGCUUGACAUUUCGCUGCAAAUUUCCAAAGGGUCUUGGGUGUUAGACCCGUGCACCCAGUAUAUAUAUAUAUAUAUAUAUAAAUAUAAUGAUAAAGAGCUAUAUAAGGUAUAUACAAGCAGAUUAAUCGAAAUCAUCGUCACUAUCGUUUUCUCUGAUUGAUUUCUUCAUGAAUCGCAAUCUGCGGUCAUCUUCCAAGUCGUCAUCUAG